AUAAGUUCUUGAACGGGUCGUCUAAUCAAAGCUUAACAAAAACAGUAUUAUUUUCUUCUUCCAAGUAAAUUUGUGUGCGACUUUGGUGAGAUUAUGGGUCAUUGCUUCUCGUUGCCUUCUUCUUCAUCGGAGAUUCACGAGGACAAUGAACACGGUGAUGGGAAUGCGGUUGUGUGUUAUGGCGAUGAGUUCGGUUUUGAUCACUACUGUCCGGUUCACCGACGCGGUUCUAUCUGCUCUAUACAAGGAACCAAAGCGAUUAACCAAGAUAAUGCUAUUCUUUAUCUGAGAUAUGGAACAGAGGCAGCAGAGCUAUGUGGAGCGUUUGAUGGACACGGCAAAAAUGGGCACUUAGUGAGCAAAAUGGUGAGGAAUAGAUUACCAUCACUCCUGUUAACACUAAAGAAGGAGCUAAACGAAGAACCUCAUGCAUGUGAAGAAGAUGAAGCUAGCAAGUGGGAGAAAGCUUGUUUUAGUGCAUUCAGACUCAUUGACAGAGAGCUUAUGCUCCAAGUCUUUAAUUGCUCCUUCAGUGGCUCCACGGCUGUUGUUGCUAUUACUCAGGGAGAUGACCUCAUGAUAGCUAACCUUGGGGAUUCAAGGGCAGUGUUGGGGACAAUGACCGAAGAUGGUGAGAUCUGCGCAGUUCAGUUAACAUCGGACCUAACACCUGAUGUCCCUAGUGAAGCAGAGAGGAUUAGGGCGUGCAAAGGUCGCGUUCAUGCAAUGAAAGUAGAACCAUCCAGCCAAAGAGUGUGGCUACCCAACCAAGACAUACCAGGAUUAGCCAUGUCAAGAGCUUUUGGAGAUUUCAGACUCAAAGACUACGGUGUUAUUGCGGUUCCAGAGAUCUCUCACCACCGAAUAACUUCUAAAGACCGAUUCCUUGUACUCGCUUCAGACGGGGUUUGGGAUAUGCUUAGCAAUGAUGAAGUUGUAUCACUAAUAUGGAAUUCCGGAAAACCCCAAGAUACUGCCGCUAAAAUGGUGGCAGAGGCGGCCGAAGCUACUUGGAAGAAGAAGCUUAAAUCUAAGAAGAUUGAUGAUAUUACAGUAAUAUGUCUUUUCUUACAGAACAAGGAACAACCAAGUUGCACUAUGGACAUGUGAAUCAUACAAGAUACUACUACAGUAUGAUGGUCGAGGUACAUUCAUCGCACAUGCUGCCAAGCGCAAACCUAAGCAAAGUCCAAUAUAAACUCAUGAUGUAAAUGUUACUUAACUGGAAACACUAUUUAUGGCCGGUUCAAAUAUAUCGAAGGCCUAAAGUAGAUAAAACUUAAAUGUGUGAAUUGUUUUUUUUUUAAAUGAACAAAGUGUUCUUUUUUUUUUGAA